AUGAUGUCCAAUCCUUUCAUUGUGUCAUGGUGGCCGUUAGCUCUAGCAGACCAGGCAUUGUUCCACGUCUCAAUACAGACGGCAUCUCUGGAUGAGGAACGACGUGCUCAAAGAGGCUUUCCGAUAUCAGAGCUUCUCAUGGCUGACUCUGUGUCCCUUGUGCGGAAGAAGAUUGGGAGUUCCUUGCUCGCCAUUCAGGAUGAGACACUUAACUCUGUGGUCACCUUGGCUGCCAUCGAGCACGGGAAAGGCAACAUCGAUGCCAGCAGAGUGCAUAUAGACGGUGCAAAAAGAAUUGUCGGCAUUCGGGGAGGCAUCGACCAAGUCAAGCAAGCAAGUCCGCUCACAGCGAGGAUGAUUGCCUGGGUGUCGCUAUUAGUUACAGGAUCUCCCCAGUAUCCGGUACAAGACGAUCUUGCCAUCGGGGACGGAGUGGCUCCCACGCUACAGUGGCUCCUCGCAGCAACCUUUCUGGAGACUCAAGAUCCAGUCGUCCAGGCUCUCCAACUCGAACCCGACAUAGCAGACAUAUUGACCCGUUUGCGCGGUAUAUUUCAUCAACCAGACGCCCUGGUCUUCCUGGGCAGCGAGCUUCACGACCUCACAUGUUUCGUGGUACAUAAGCUCCUUCUUACCCCUCCGCUUACGAAUUCCCCGCAAUCCGAAUGUCUACGCUGUGCCAUGGCGCUUUACAUGCUCAUCAUCCACGGCACAACUUACUAUACUCACACAGAACUGGCCAACAGUAUCAUCCAACGUCUCAAGAUUCAGCUUCCCGCCCUGGCUGGCAAAACUGGUAGCGUCUUGUUCGGCUCACUGCAGAUCUGGGUUCUUUCCGUCACGAUUGCCUCGGCUACAUAUCCAACAGAUGCCCAAUGGUUCACAUACGCAGCCAAAAUUGCUGCGAAUGCUAUGGGGUUACAGUCGUGGGAUGAUGUCAUUGCCCAUCUGAGGAACAUACUCUGGUUGGAAACUGAGAGGGCAGAGAUUUUCCGGCAACGGUGGGAUGCAAUUCUGGCCUGA